AGGAGUUAGUUACAAAGGUGAUGUACAACGCCCAUUAUCUGAUGUAGUGCAACAACAAGGUUAUUCAUCUCAACAAUAUUCAAAGCCACGCCCAUUAUCUGAUGUAGUGCAACAACAGGGUUAUUCAUCUCAACAAUAUUCAAAUCAACGUCCAUCCUUAGAUUUAAUUAGUCCGCGAAUUACUGGUUUUGCACAGCCAAUACGUCAAGAAAAACUGUUCAUGAAACGACAACCGAUGAAAUUAAGUUUCGCUGAGAAACAAAGAUCAUUCAGUGAUAUAAACCAACAACAAGUUCCAACAUAUCAACAAUCAUAUCGUGGUAGUCAAUUACAACCAUUAGCUGAUAUCUCCACUAAACAACAACAACCUCUCGGUUCAGAAUAUGAUUCAUCCACUAUUCUAAGACAAAAUGACAUGAUGCCAUCAUC